AUCGAGGUCCUAAGCACGACCGAAGGUCGGAGCGUUUUUUGCAAGAUGGCAGCGUCUACAGCCCAGGUGCUUUCUCUGUAUCGCAAGCUUAUGAAAGAAAGCAGUAAAUUUCCCUCUUAUAAUUACAGGACGUACGCCUUGCGCCGGGUGCAGGAUGCCUUCAGGGCAAACCGGAGUGUAGAAGACCCCAAGAUGGUGGAGCAGCUCUUAAACCAGGGCAGGGACAACCUAGACAUGAUCCGGAGACAGGUUGCCAUAGGCAAGAUGUACCCGACCCAGAAGACUAUUGUUGAGGGGUAGGGUUCGAAGAGAAACCACCGAUGGGCAUUGAUGGAGUGUCUCAGAACGAGAGGAAACGAUGCCCAAGAGACCAUGGGAGACGGAGCACUGAACCUCAACCUCACUUUCCCUUUCACACAGAAGCUUUAUUUUCCGACGCCCUCAUUGGAUGGAUAGGGGGAAAGCCUAUGGGUUGGGCCUACUUUGUCUGACAUCAAAUUGUUCUUUAUCUCUAGACCAGUGUUCCCAACCCUCCACAUUUUUGUACUAGCCCUGCACUGAUAGACAUUAUUCAACUAGACAGGGGCUUGCUGAUGUAGUUGAUCAUGUUAAUGUGUCAGUGCAGCCCUAAAACAAAAAUGUGGACUAUCUAGCGUUCCCCACGAGAGGGUUGGGAAACACUGCCCUAAACAUUUUGUGAUGGACUGUCGUAGAUCUGAAAGCAUCAGAUAGGCAUUAAAAAUAAUUGUAACAUCCGACUUGGCAACUGUGCAGCGUUGACGACGUAACGAUUGUCCUUGGUCCCUAUAUACUGUACCAUCUUCACCAUACUAACAUAAUGAGCUUCUUUUGUGAGCUGUAAGAGUUGUAGCAGUGCCACGGUGUACACACGGUCUUGAUUCCCUGUUAUAUUUUUCUAUUGUGUGUUGUAUAUAUGAUUUAUCGUCAUGUAAGAUGGUGUAUAAACAGAUUAAAGAUAUGCGGAUCUGAAUCGCAUUAUUGUC